AUGGCGCCUCCCACAGAGUCCUCCACGGCCACCAGCGUCGAGGCCUCUACCGGCUCCGUGUCUCGCCGCAACGCCUCACAAAACGAAGCAGAUCUAACCUCAGUGGAGCCCGUCAACGGCACGACCAAGGACCGGCCGUCCAAGCCCAAGACACCGCAGAAAAAGUAUCGCCAUGUCGCCGCGGUGCAUUCCCAGACGAGGCCGUCGUGCCUGAGCCACGACUCCCCUGCGGCCCCUAGCUUUCUCGGAUUCCGCAAUCUCAUGGUCAUUGUGCUGGUUGUUGGCAAUCUGCGAUUGAUGAUUGAAAAUAUUCAAAAGUACGGCGUCUUGAUCUGUAUCAGGUGUCACGACUACAGACGUCAAGAUCUCUUCCUGGGUCUCUUGCUUUAUUUUCUCAUUCCCUGCCAUCUGUUUGCGGCAUACCUGAUAGAGCUUGUAGCCGCCAAGCAGGCUGAAGGGUCAAGGAAGCGAAUCAAGGACAACAGCGUUGGCCCUUCGGAAGCAGAGCGCAAGAAGUUCCACUCGAUUUGGGUUCUCGCGGCUUUGGCCCAUGGAACAAACAUCACUCUUGCCCUCGCCAUCACCACUGUCGUGGUCUAUUUUCAUGUUUAUCAUCCGUUGAUUGGCACAUUGACCGAGAUGCACGCCAUCAUCGUGUGGCUCAAGACGGCCUCGUAUGCAUUCACCAAUCGAGAUCUCCGUCACGCCUAUCUGCAUCCAGUUGCGGGAGAAGAAGUGCCUGAGUUGUACAAAUCCUGCCCAUACCCGCGAAACGUGACGAUGAAGAACCUGGUGUACUUCUGGUGGGCUCCAACCCUGGUGUAUCAACCUGUUUAUCCGCGGACCGACAAGAUUCGAUGGGUUUUUGUGUUUAAGCGACUCGGAGAGAUCUUUUGCCUGGCUGUCUUCAUCUGGGUUGCCACCGCUCAAUAUGCAACGCCGGUUUUGCGCAAUUCACUCGACAAGAUUGCCUCUCUUGAUCUACCCAACAUCUUGGAGCGACUCAUGAAACUUUCGACAAUCUCCUUGGUCAUCUGGCUGGCUGGCUUCUUUGCGCUCUUCCAGUCCUUCUUAAACGCCCUUGCCGAGGUGAUGAGGUUUGGCGACAGAUCGUUCUACGACGACUGGUGGAAUAGUGAAAGCUUGGGCGCCUACUGGAGGACGUGGAACAAACCUGUUUAUACUUACUUCAAGCGCCAUGUCUAUAUGCCCAUGAUCGGACGAGGCUGGAGCCCUGCUGCUGCCAGUUUCGCCGUCUUUUUUGUUUCUGCGGUUCUUCACGAAAUCCUCGUUGGUGUUCCAACGCAUAAUAUUAUCGGCGUCGCUUUCUUCGGCAUGUUUCUCCAGCUCCCUCUCAUCGCCAUUACUACCCCGCUUGAGAAGAUGAAACUCGGCCAUGGCGGCCGCAUCCUUGGAAAUGUUAUAUUCUGGGUUUCGUUUACAAUUUUUGGGCAGCCAUUCGCGGCGCUGAUGUAUUUCUACGCUUGGCAGGCCAAGUACGGCAGCUGUACCGACCCUCUUCCUGUAGCUUACAUAGUCGUCACCAAAGAAUUCGACCAGUUUUCCUUCUUCAUGGAUGAUUCUCCCCCGGAAAAAAACGUACAGCACAGCCGAAUAAGCGACAAAGCAGACCACAUUGCCCAGCACGAGCUGCGUGCCCAAGCCCCAGUAAAAGAAUCCAAAGUAACUGGGAUGUCUUAUCCAUCCAUAGAUGCCCGUCGUCACGAGAAGAUGGGAUUGCGCCCUCCUCGUCUGGAUUUGGUGGUUGAAACUAGCCCCAGCGUGCAGCAUCGCCAAGGAGCGAACAGCCUGGCCGACGAGGACCAGGGAGAGGCCGACGAGGAGAAGCACCUGGCCAGAGCCAAAGGGGGCCCAAUGCCGGUCAGGGAAGAAGGUAGAGACAAUCGUACACUCUAUGAAGGCGGCCGAGUGGGCGAUGGCGUAGGCCGGCCAGUUUGCCGUGAGCAGGAAGCUGUCGAUGCUGACGACGGCGGUGUUACGCUCGGCCGUGGUCCAAAACUCCAAAAAGUGAAAGGUGGAGAGGGCGAGGAGGAAGAAGGGGACGCGCCAGAUGGGGCUGUCCGUGAAGAGCAGGGCGCUCACGAUGCCGACGACGCUGACGGCGAAGGCGAUGCCCAGGCAAAAGGCGCGGAGGGCGAUUCCGGAGAGCGACUUGGGCUGCCCGGGGAGGAAGGGCUUGAGGAGGUGUUCGGGCUGGCGCGGCGGCGGAGCGUUGCGGUUGGGAUUUGA